AUGAGACUGGAUUCAAGUAAUAACGGUGGCUCUGGGACCAUCAAGAAGUCUCUAGAGGCUAUCACUUAUGGCGGUCAUUUUGCAGUUAUCGGUUUUCUUUCUAGCGCUCCUCGCGAUAAGAUGCCAGAUGUAGCUGGUCUUGCUCUGGCAAAGGGAGCUACUGUUUGUGGUAUAAUGGUUGGUUCUAAGCACAUGCUUGAGGACGUGAUUAGGUUCAUUGGCGCUCACAAUUUACCUAUCCCUGUUGAGAAAACUUUCAAGUUCACAAGGGACAAGGGGGUGCGGCUUGAACGCGGCCAGAAGGUGGGUGGGUACCGUAAGGGUGGGCUAGCGGGUGAGGCCUCUUUACGGCCGCGCAACCAGGGAGUUAGGCAACAACAAUUGGUGUGA